GGAAUGCAGGGGUGGGGCAUGUAGGGGGUUUCCCUGCUGAGCUCAGCUUUUUGAAAGCCACAAGCCUAGCCAGGCAAGAACUAGAGCAAGAAUCUUGAUUGUCUAUUAUAAUUAGCUGUAGCUUUAUUGUGCUGGUAUCAAUAUAGCUGAGAUGACUACUGAUACACCUGAAUACAAAGCCAUCAGUAGCUGCAGAAUGGAUCUGACAGAGAUGCUCUCUAAUCACUUCAGGGAGGUAGCUGGACGUUUACGUGAUAGUGGAGCACUGACUAACAGCCAAUGCGAGGAAAUCAUUGAAUCCGGACCUCCUAAAGCAUGUGCUCGUAGGCUUAUAGAUAUGAUCACUAUCGACAUCAAAAAUGACCCAUUGGAUGUUUUUGCCGAAUUUGUGACAGCAAUGAAAAGCAGUGGGAACAAACGCUUCAAAGACUUUGUCAAGGAAAACAUUGAAGCUAAACGAAAAGAGUUGUAUAGAGAAUUGCUCCAAAUUCCACCAGGUUUCGUGGCAUCUCAGGAAUACGACGUCUUCAUCAGCUACAGUCAUGAGGCUGACACUAUACGAAUGGUGGACAAUCGUUUGUGCUCUCUACUGACAGAUGAAGGUCUCACUGUGUUUGUAGACAGAGACGGCCUUCGUCCUGGGGACAAAUGGCGAUCUGAGAUUGCCUCCGCUAUCAAAACCUGCAAAGCCUUUGUUGUAGUGCUCACUAAACGCUACAUGAGGUCUGCGUACUGCAAUGGAGAGCUGUACGAAGCAGAAGCUCUUGGCAAGCGUAUACUCCCAGUGGUGUGCGAGAAGGGAUGGGGAGAUGUACCUGGAGGUGCUCCUGUGACAGAGAUAGUGAAGGAGGUUCAGUAUGUCUCUCUAGUGGCAGAAGACAGCGAAACACAACUGACAAAACUGGUGGAAAGUAUCAAAACGUCAGUCAGUGCGUAGUACCUGAACUAACUGCACCGUUACAUAGUUUAUAGGUAUAGUUUUGUUAGCAAACUGCUGUAAUUAUUUAUACAUUUUGUACAUUUCCUAUAAGAUUUUUUUUUUGUAUGUUACCCUUAUCAGGAGUGCAUAAUCUCCUGCCCCUAUCUAUUUAUAAUUAUGUG